AUGAAGGACCAGAAAGGCCUGUCGUCGUCAAGGUACGGCUCUAAAGAAGAGUCCACUGUCCUCCCCACGCCGGGUUUCAGCGUCGCCGGUGCUCCUGUUUGCCGAUAUCUACUUUAUUUGCAUGUGUAUCUACGCUGUCUAACUGUCUGUCUAGGCCUCCUGUCGCCUGUCGCCUGUCAAGCGUCUGUCACUCUCUGGCUCGCGGUCUGUCGGCUUUCCCAGGUGCCAACUUCGUCUCUCUUCGCCUUCGUCCCAGGCCCAGGUCGAGGACAGCUCAGGGCAGGCCUAUCAGAUCAGCGAGGACUGCAUGAAGGGAAAAAAAGAGAAGAAGAAGAAGAAAAGAAAAAGGCGAGGAGCUACAUAACUAGUCGGGAAGCUUGCUGGGGGAGAUGCUGGGAUGAUGCUGCGUGUCCAUGUUUGCUUUUUCAGCGAGAGACAAUCGCAUUGAAAAAAAUAAAAAAAAAGAAGAGACGGACGCAUGAAGAAUCGACGAGAAGGAAGACGGAGAAGCAGACGAAGACGACGAACUGA